AGCAGAUAUUAAUCAGUCGCAGUUUUCCAGAUAAGUGCGCGAGUGCGUUCGUCUGCGAGGAGGAGGUGUUUUACCUUCCUCUUCCUACAGGAGAGACACUGAAGGUUUUUCCCAGUUUGCACAAGAACAACACGGGUCGAGGACAGCAUGAGGACGCCGGCUCUUCAGUUGGUUUUCAUUGGUUUAUACCUACAGGUAACCACAUGCUACCCAUCAUGCACUUUAUAUGGCCUUGUAGCUUCUUGCACCUCACAGCGCCACUACUGGGUUCCUGCUUUGCCUCCCAACAUCACCCACCUGUACCUGGACAUGAACUACAUCAGUGAGAUCAACAGCACCUCGCUCAGAGACUACGUCCAGCUGCAGCAGUUAGAUCUAGGAAUGCAGAAAGUGCAGCUCGUCAUAAGGAACAACGCUUUCCUCAGACAAAGAAAACUGACACGGUUGGUUCUAGGCCAUAAUAUUGGUCUUCAGCUGGAGCCGAGGGCAUUUGCAGGACUGUUUAAUUUACAACACCUCUUUCUGGAUUAUUGCAAUUUGAAAGACUCCAUACUGGUGGAGAGCUAUCUGCAGCCCCUUUUGUCCUUACAAAUGCUCGACCUCUUUGGUAACAAAAUAGAGAGACUCCAACCUGGACUGUUCUUCUCAAAGCUCACAAAGUUCACAAAUUUAAACCUCAAAUUGAAUCGCAUUAAAAGGUUAUGUGAAGACGAUCUUGUUGGUUUCAGGGGGAAACAUUUCACACACCUGAACUUGCACUCCAACCACUUAUAUAAAAUGUAUGAUGAAGAAUACGACAGGGAUAGUUGUGGGAACCCUUUCCAAGGGAUGGCCUUUGGUACCCUCGACUUGUCCCUCAAUAGGUUCAACGUGAACACAUCGAGACAAUUUUUCAAAGCAAUAAAAGGGACUCCGAUUUCUCAUCUUAUAUUGUAUGGACACAUAGGCCAAGCCUUUUCAUAUAAGAACUUACCUGAUCCAGAUGAAAACACAUACGAAGGCCUCGUGAACAGUGCAGUAGAAACUUUAGACCUCUCUAAAAACUCUAUAUUCGCUUUGAAGAAGGCUGUUUUUAGCCCCCUAAAGGUUGCAGUAAUUAUUGACAUUUCCAAAAACAAAAUCAAUCAGAUUCACACAAAUGCCUUCAGUGGUCUUCAGGGAAAUUUAAGGAUGCUCAACCUGUCAUCCAACCUGCUAGGAGAGAUUCAUUCUCAGACAUUCACCAGCCUGACAGAGCUUAGGGUGUUGGAUUUGUCUCACAAUCACAUUGGUGUGUUGGGGGACAAAUCCUUCAGUGGUCUUCCCAAAUUACGAGCCUUAUAUCUGACAGGAAACUCACUGCGAGACCUGGGUUUUCCUGCAUCAUUACCAAACUUAGAAUAUCUCUAUUUGGCUGACAAUAAGAUGAAAUCACUAAGACAUAUCAAUGACUUGGCUAUGAACAGCAUCCAUGUGGAUGUUACAGAAAACAGAUUUACAAACUUGGAGGAUUUUUAUUUCAUAAUGACUCAUUUCAAGUAUCUCCAGUAUUUCUUCUACAGUGGCAACUUCGUCAAGUGGUGCACCCUAAAUGGGAAUAUUACAGUACCCAUUAAUAAUAGUUUGGAAGUGCUAGAUCUUCAUGACAGUUCCCUGCAGAGGAUUUGGACGGAGGGGAAAUGCCUUGACCUGUUUGAUCAUCUUAAGAAUCUUAUUGCGCUCAGUAUAAGCUUGAACUCACUCACGACUCUCCCAGAAGGGAUUUUCAGAGGUCUCAGCUCGAUCAUAGAGAUGGACAUCUCGUCUAAUUACUUGACCUCUCUGCAGCGGGACGUCUUUCCAGAUAGCCUGAAAAGACUUGACCUCUCAAACAACUUCCUAGCCUCCCCGGAUCCUAUGACGUUUCAGUCGCUCCUCUUCCUCAACCUGGCAGGAAAUUGGUUUCACUGUGAUUGCAAUAUAGAGAGCUUCCUGAAGUGGCUGAACAAGACGGACGUGACUUUCCUCAGCCCGAUUAAGGAGUACACAUGUGAGUUUCCAGCUGCUCUCCACGACGUCUCUCUGCUGGAGUACGCCAAGAGCAUCAAACCGUGUGAAAAGGAUGUCCAAGAUCUUAAGUUUGCGCUCUUCAUCUUCUCUGCCCUCCUUAUCAUCACUGUCAUCAUCAGCGGGAUUGUUUACGCCCGUCUCCGAGGGCAGAUAUUCAUCAUCUACAAAAAGAUCGUUGGCAGAGUUCUCAAGGGCCCAAAACAGACGCCUCCUGUGGAAGAGGUGCAGUACGACGCCUUCCUCUGCUUCAGCAACAGUGACUAUCAGUGGGUGGAGGCCGCUUUGCUGAAUAAACUCGACAACCAGUUUUCAGAGGAGAACAUCUUCCACUGUUGUUUUGAGGCCAGAGACUUCCUGCCUGGUGAGGAUCACCUUUCGAACAUCAGAGAUGCCAUCUGGGGCAGCAGGAAGACCGUGUGUAUCAUCUCCAAAGAGUUUCUUAAAGAUGGCUGGUGCUUGGAGGCGUUCACCUUGGCCCAGGGCCGGAUGCUGGAGGAGCUGAAGAACGUCUUGAUAAUGCUGGUGGUAGGGAAGCUGGCUCCCUACCAGCUGAUGAAGUACAACGCAAUCAGGGCUUUCGCUCAGAAGAGAGAAUACCUCACCUGGCCAGAGGACCCUCAGGACCUGGAGUGGUUUUAUGAGCGACUGACCUCACAGAUCCUCAAAGACACCAAGGUGAAAAAGAUUGAAGAGGACAAACCUCAGCCUGCGGAGCCAAACAAUCAACCUGAACAUGAGGACAACAUAAAGCUGGAGAACCUCAGAGAAAUCGCCAUGUGAACCACGAUGCUGAAGUGGGAAGGUAGCAGGAGGAAGAAGCUCCAACACUCCAUGACCCAAUCACAUGUACAGCACAAACAAACGAUUGUUAUUAUGUUUUUUUGUUUUUUUUAAUGUCAAUUAAGUUUAAUGAGUCUGAUUAAUCAAGUGUAAUAACAGUUUAAUUUUGGCCAGUUUGGUUUGUCAGCUGUUGACCUUCUGAUCUCGAUAUUGUAUGAUGGUUGUUUGUUUGCAGAACUGUUUAAUUUCUGUUCCUGUAAAUUGUAUUUAAAAUCUCAAAAUGACAAAACUCCUACCACAAAGUAAUUUUUUUCAAAUUGUUUGUUACAGUCAAAGACCCAGAAGUAUUUAUAUUGACAAUCAUCAGCAACAGCCAGUAAGUCUUAUUAUAUAUGAUUAUCUCACAGAUUUUCAAAAUGAUCAUGUAUUGUAAAAAUUAAAACAAAAUCUAUAAAAUAAAUGUUGUUCUUCAUGGA